AUGUCUACAGAUGCUGUCCGACGAAGCGGUCCUACUAACGGGAGCCUCGAAGUUCGUCGCCCCAGCCAAGUUGACGGAGACAAGCCUGAGUCCCUGCUGCGCGAGCGGCAGAUCUCUAUACGGCCCUUCAUCAUAGCCUCUGGUACUCGGAAGCUGAAGUCGGACGGCACUGGCCAAUGCGUAUUUUGCAAAUCUGGUACUAUUCACAGUUCAGACAAGAAGGUCUUCUGCCAGUUCACCACCAGCUUUGAGCUGGAAGCGCAGGCGAUUACAAUUCGAGGAGAAGCAACCUCACCUAACGUGGAGGUCGUGACUCCCCGCUUGCUCCAGGCGAAGCUCUUGAGUGGUUAUGCAGUCACAAAGCACUCCGCUGGGACAUUCAGUGCAAACUAUUCGCCCCUGAUCCUGGCCAGGUGA